AGCAGCCCGGGGAAGGUUAUAACACAAUGGCUUGGGUCGAGUUCCGCUCUCUCCUUCUAAUUUCUGCCCUCUUUCGCGUUCUCCUAAUAUUCUACGGAGAAUGGCAAGAUAGCCACAUGGAGGUCCGAUACACCGAUAUCGACUACGUCGUCUUCUCCGAUGCCGCUUCUCUCGUUGCCUCAGGAAAAUCUCCCUACGACCGCUCCACGUAUCGAUACUCGCCACUCCUUGCGUUCCUGCUCGUGCCCAAUUCAAUAUUCCAUCCCUCAUGGGGGAAAUUCGUCUUCUCCGCUUCCGAUUUGCUCGUGGGUUUGUUUAUGCAUUCCAUCUUGAAGCUACGUUGUGUUCCUGAGAAGCUACGACUUUAUACGGUGGCAGCUUGGCUCUUCAAUCCAUUCACCUUCACUAUUGGCACCCGAGGAAACUGUGAGCCUAUUGUCUGUGCCAUGGUUCUGUGGGUCAUAAUUUCUCUUAUGAAUGGUAACAUAUUGGAAGCAGCAUUUUGGUAUGGGCUUCUCGUCCAUUUUAGAAUCUACCCCAUCAUCUAUUCUCUUCCUAUCAUCUUAGUUCUUGAACCCUGUUACUUCCGAUCUGGUCAGAAGCCCACCCUUGGGAAUUGGAGUCUUAGACAACAAAAAUUAUCCGAAGGUUCAAAUAUAAAAACAGUUAAACCACCAAAGGCAUUCAGGAGGCUGUUAUGUUAUCCAUGGAUUUUUUUCAAAAGCAUGUUAACAAGGGAAAGAAUACUGUUUGGGUUCAUCUCUGGGGCUGUCUUCUUCUCUUGGACUGCUCUAUCCUUCUAUCUCUAUGGAUGGGAGUUCUUGAAUGAGGCGUUGCUAUAUCAUCUAACACGUACUGAUCCAAGGCAUAACUUCUCGAUCUAUUUCUACCACAUCUAUCUUCAUCAUGAACACAGAUUCUCAGUGGUUGAGAAGCUCAUCUCUUUCUUGCCUCAGCUGAUGGUGCAGCUGGUUCUCUCCUUCAGUUUUGCGCAAGACCUCCCAUUCUGUCUUUUUGUGCAGACAGUCGCAUUCGUGGCAUUCAAUAAGGUCAUCACAGCACAGUACUUUGUAUGGUUCUUCUGUCUGUUGCCUCUAAUUCUUCCAUGGAGCAAUAUGAAGCUUAAAUGGAAAGGUUCAGCUUGCAUCUUGUCGUGGGUGGGAGCUCAAAUCCAUUGGCUGAUGUGGGGUUAUCUUCUGGAGUUCAAAGGCAAGAAUGUCUUUAUUCAACUAUGGUUGGCAAGCAUCCUCUUCUUGGCUGCAAAUACAUGGGUUGUUAUCAUGGUUAUCAGACACCACAGAUUCUCACCGAUCUUCAUCCAAUCAAUGGUCACUAAUUCCACUGAUACUAGAAAAAUUGAUCGGCCUUAUAUGGUAGCCCAUUAAAGGACCAGAGCAGGUGGUCCCACAAAUUCACACUAUCUUUUAGGUGUUUGCCAGUAAGUUUGUGGCAGAAGGGUGUGUUAUAAACACAGUGGGACUUCCUGUCAUGUAGACAUCUUGGUUUAGGGUGUGUUUGGAUGCGCACUAUCGCACGUAAUCUGCUCUUUACCUUAGUGAAAUGGAAAUGACUUGUCUGUA